AUGCCCAGCACAUGUUCUCCUUCCUUGACCCCGGGUGAUACCCCCUACUGGCUUGCUAAUAUAGCCCACCAAGGGAUUGCUGCUUUCAAUACCAAUCGGUCAACCUACCAGGUUUUCCGCAACGUCAAGGACUUUGGAGCGAGAGGUGAUGGAGUUGCUGAUGAUACGGCGGCAAUUAAUCGAGCCAUCAGAGAUGGUGGUCGAUUCGGGCCUGCUGGUCGUCGUUCGUCAACGACGACUCCCGCGCUUGUCUAUUUCCCUGCUGGGACCUAUGUCAUUUCGUCUCCGAUUGUCGAUUAUUACUUUACUCAGCUAGUUGGCAAUCCAAACGCCCUCCCCAUUAUUAAGGCUUCACCGCUAUUUCCAGCAACCUGGCUUAUUGACGGAGACCAGUACCAGAGUGAUGGGAAUCAGGGCUGGGUUUCCACCAAUGUCUUUUUUCGACAAAUCCGAAAUUUGGUGCUCGAUAUGACCGAUAUUCCUGCUGACGUUGCAGCUACCGGAAUCCACUGGCCAACCGGACAGGCUACAAGCAUCCAGAACGUGCAUAUCAUGAUGAACUCGGAUUCGGGAACGGAGCAUCAAGGUCUCUUGGUUGAAAACGGCUCCGGUGGCUUCAUCACCGAUGUCGCCAUCACGGGUGGGAAAUACGGCGCAAACUUCGGAAGCCAGCAGUUCACUAUUCGAAAUCUCACUGUCUCGAACGCCCGAGUGGGAGUCUGGCAGGCUUGGAACUGGGGAUGGAUUUAUCAGGGGAUUAAUAUUGCCAACUGCACCACUGCUGUGGAUAUGACGAAUGGAGGCCAAGAUUCUCAGCAAGUUGGGUCCAUCACCAUCAUUGACAGUACCAUUCGAGACUGCGCGGUCUUCGUGGACACGGUCUGGCGAGAAUCUGUAUGGAGCAACGGAAGUUUGACGAUUGAGAACGUCAAUCUAAGCAACGUUCCUAUCGCCAUCAAUGGAUCCAGUGGCACCGUUCUAGCUGGUUCUAUCUAUAACAUGACUAUUAACGCGUGGGGACAAGGCCAUCAAUAUACACCGUCCGGGCUCGCCAGCUUCAAAGGCUCGCUGACGCCAGUGGCACGACCACCAGCCCUACGAGCGCAUGGAUCAUCGCACUACUAUACGAAAACGAAGCCUCAGUAUGAGUCGAAUCCUGUUGCUUCGUUUGUAAGUAUUCGAAGUGCAGGCGCCGUGGGGGACGGCACUGUGGAUGACACUGCCGCUAUCCAAGCAGCAUUACUGUCCGCGGCGGCAUCCAGGAAGAUAAUCUUUUUUGACCAAGGUGUGUAUCGUGUGACCGACACCAUUUAUAUCCCUCCAAACUCCCGGAUCGUCGGAGAGGCUUUCCCUGUGAUCAUGGGUAGUGGUAGCAAAUUUGCAACCAAGGACCGCGCCAUCCCAAUCAUACAGGUUGGGCGAGAUGGCGAGUCCGGUUACAUUGAGUGGUCGGACAUGAUGGUGAGUACCCAGGGAUCGACCCCCGGUGCCGUACUCGUUGAGUGGAACCUGCGAGCUGCUCGGGGCUCGGGGAUGUGGGACGUCCACUCCCGUAUCGGCGGCUUCACUGGUUCGGAGCUCCAGGUCACGCAGUGCCCUACAUCGGCUGCUCCAUCUGAAGGCUGUGAGGCGGCGUUCACCGCUGUGCACGUCACCGGCAGUGCAGCCAAUGUUUAUCUGGAGAAUGUGUGGAUUUGGACUGCGGACCAUGACCUCGAUGAUCCUUCCGAUACCCAGAUCUCGAUAUACACAGGCCGUGGACUGUUGAUCGAGGGCCGAAAUAUUUGGCUCUACGGCACUUCUGUUGAGCACCAUUCACUAUACCAGUACUACUUCUCAGCCGCCCAGAAUGUCGUGGCAGGGUUUAUUCAGACAGAGACUCCGUACUGGCAACCAAGCCCGGACGCGUUCAGCGGACCCUUUCCCAGCAAUCGCGCCUUGCAAGAUCCUGAAUUCCAUGAUUGUCAGCCAGGGAGCUGCAACGCUUUGGGCCUCUUCAUACGCGACAGCCACAAUGUUAGUAUCUAUGGUGCUGGUCUCUAUAGUUUCUUCAGUAAUUAUUCGACAACGUGCUCCGAGGCUUCCGCUUCGGAGAAAUGCCAGAGUGAGAUCUUUCGCGUCGAUGGACACACGACCAGCACAGUGAUCCACGGUUUAAGUACGAUUGGCACGGCAAAUAUGAUUGUCCAGGAUGGGGAGGCUGUGGUACGAUACGACGACAACCGCGCUGGUAUUGAAAGCAUUGUUGCAUACCUCAAUACGGGGGCACACUGA